CAAGUUUUGCGGCCAUUCUCGAUGCUGUCGAUGCGUUAAGUUUCUUCUCUUUUUCGGGACUGUCAGCAUCUCGAACGCUGCUGCUGCCAACCUAGGUGAUUUGAUUGUGCCAAAAGUGGUUUAACGGUGGUAUUAGAUAGUGUGUCACUGUCCCCUCCGGAAGUCAACAUGCUCCGGGCACCGCAAGAAGUGCUAACGAUGCCGCUCAGACUUACGCUGUUGCUGUUGGUGCUGAUAGGAGGCGCCUCUUGUGCUGUCGAAGAAGAACAUGAUCCGAUGCAUCCGCAGUCAUUCCUGUUCGAGAGAGGAGCUGGUCGCCAGAGACGGGGCACGGCCAGGAUGCCCACACUCCGCUUCAACCCAGCUGAGGCCGAGCGGGACCAAGGAUACUGGAAUAACGUCGCCCAGGAUACUCUGGGCCGACAGCUAGAUAAGAAUCAACUCAACACCAACGUGGCUAAGAACAUCAUUAUGUUCCUGGGCGAUGGCCUUUCGAUUCCAACGCUGGCCGCCACUCGGGUAUUCCUGGGGGACGAGAGCACCGAGCUGUCGUUCGAGAAAUUUCCUUACGUUGGUCUGUCUAAAACGUAUUGUGCCAACGUGCAGGUAGCGGAUUCGGCAUGCACGGCCACCGCGUUCCUAGCCGGGGUGAAGGCCAACUACGGUACGAUUGGUCUGACUGCCGCAGCUCCGCUGGGGGACUGCAACGCGCAGAACGACACCGCCCAUCACGUGCAGUCGAUUGCGAAGUGGGCCCAGGACUAUGGAAUGGCCACCGGGUUCGUAACGACAACACAGGUAACCAACGCUUCCCCGGCGGGUGUCUAUGCCAACACGGCCAACCGCAACUGGGAGAACAACCAACAGGUACUGGAUGACGGCUACGAGCCGGCCGUUUGCCCGGACAUUGCCACGCAACUCAUCGAGGGCGCCGUCGGAAGCAACUUGAAGGUCAUCAUGGGUGGCGGAAGGCGGGAAUUCCUGCCCACCACCAGCAUCGACAUCGAUGGCAUCGCCGGGCGCCGCACCGAUGGAAUCGAUUUAAUUAAGCGCUGGCAGCGUAAACACGCUCCCAACCAUACCGCUUACGUACAGAAUCGUGACCAAUUAUUGGAGGUCGACAAAAACACGGAGUACUUGCUCGGGCUGUUCGAUGCAAAACAUCUUCCCUAUCACAUCGAUGCCGAUGCUCGGACGAAACCAACGUUGGAAGAGAUGGUGGCCAAGGCACUGGACGUGUUGGAAAACGAUGGCCGGGGUUAUUUUCUCUUUAUCGAAGGGGGUCGAAUUGAUCACGGCCACCAUUACACCCAACCGAUGAGAGCCUUCGACGAGACGGUCGAAUUCGCCAAGGCAAUCGAUAUGGCACGUCAGCGGACCUCCCCCGAGAACACACUCAUCGUGGUGACGGCUGAUCAUUCCCACACCAUGACGAUGAGUGGAUACUCGAGCCGCAAACACGAUAUACUGGGAGUCAACAACGGCCAGAAUGCGGACGAUAACCUCCCGUAUGCGACCAUCAGCUACGCCAACGGACCCGGCUACGGACGCAAUGUGGAUCACGAGGGCCGACUGAACCUGCAGCGGGUUGACAUGCACGAUAAAUCGUUCGAAUUUCCGACCAUGGUCCCGCUGGGGCUGGAAACGCACGGCGGCGAUGACGUUGCGGUGUUCGCCAGUGGACCCUGGGCACAUCUCUUCACCGGAACCUACGAGCAGCAUUACAUCCCCCAUGCAAUGGCGUAUGCGGCUUGCAUAGGCCACGGAAAAACCGCCUGCAUGCGGGGCGGUGAGCGGAUUUAAGAAUUUGAAUCCGAAAAGUAAACACCCGUGCCCCCCGUCACCAGAAAUUGUGAGCGAGAAAAAAAAAAGGCGAGAUCCUUUUCUCCUCACCACCAAUCCUGUCACACAAUUGUUUUGCGGGUUGACAACAACCCGUAGACCGACAGUGGAGCGGGGGAGCAUUUAAUUUUCCCCUUCCCCAUUGCAUCGCCUUCGCAGAAGGCGGAAGUUUCACUUUUCCACAGACUUUCUUUCUUUUCCUUAUCGUGCUUCUCGUUCCUUUGAAUAAAUGAUUGCUAAGCUAAGCUAAAAUUAAUUAUUCUCUAUCCCUCCUCCUCAACACCCUCAACCUGGAAGUCUCCGGGCAAACCCGGAAGGAAUCCCCACCAUCGCCAUCACCACACAAAGACCGUCUUGAGACCGCUGUCGUGAAAACUAGCAAAGUGUAAAACUAUUUGAACAUUGAAGUGUUUCGCUUUUGGUGGCUCUCGUGUGGAGGGAAGGGGGUGGGGUAGAGCAGUAACACCUUCCAUCGCUAUCCACCACACACAUUUAAUUACGAUUAAUGGUCAGCUUAUAAUAUUCAUGGCUCUCAAGAGUGUAGGGCUUCGCCGCUUUGAAAUAUGGUGAACGAGGGAUCGAGGAGGGGGAAUGAAAUGGGUAUUUUUGGAAUUAUUAAAAGAAAACGCGCGAAGUGUUGUUUGAUUCGCUUCUUCGAUUGGGAUUGUGAAUGAAAGAAGAUGAAACUUAAUGCAUUAGAGAACUCAUUAACAUUAAAAAAAAUUU